AUGGUGCCGGCUGUCCGCGGAGGACUUCGGCUCUACCUCCCACCCGCCCGCGCUGCGCGGCUGUACCGAGCCAGGCGCGGCAUCUGCCGACACCGGCGAGCGGGGUACAGCCCCCGAAAGGCCUUUCCCACAUUGGGCAGGCAGCAUACCGAGGCGAGCAGCAAAGGUGCCUCUACCGGCCGGGAAGCCUCUAUCCCCGCCAAUCUGCUGCCAGCCGUAGCGCGGCCAGCCGAGCAGGCAUACCGCCCCUGCUGCUUGCCGAGCGGCACCCGCCGCAAACGCACCCGCCGCAAAGGCACCGCCACCCCUCUCCCGAGCCGCCGCAACCCACACAGACCCCGCUGCCGAGCUCUCCUCCGUGCCCGCCCGCCGCUGCUGCUGCUGCUGCUGCGCGGCCGCGGUGCUGCUGCAGCCGUUCAGCUCCCCAUUUGCCCGCUAUUCGCAGCCGCCUCCACUUCCUCCUCCUCCUCCUCCAGCUCGUCCCCUCCUCUCCCUGCUCCCAGCCCACAGCACAGGGGCGGGCGAGUGGGUGGGCGAGCAGCUACAGGACACACCCGCCGCGCCGUGGCCCCGCUCCUACCGAGGGGCCUCGCCCUCGCCCGCCCUGCGGGCACGGCGCCCGUCUGCCACCCCGCCGCCAGCAGGGGGCGAGAGGAGCCGCGCCGCCGCGUUAAAGAGACCGUGCCCCUGGUUGAGGCUGGCCCAACUGGUGGAGGGCGGUACCAGUGCGGCUCCUGCCCCACAGAGGGCACCGUAGUCGGGCAGCUCUGGUCGCUUUCUGCUGAGCAUCUGUCCACUGCAGCCGGCACCGUCUGCGGGUAUCCUUCUGGCCCUCCGGAAGCCCAGUAGCGGAGGGCCGAGGGUCUGCCUGCUGAGGAGGCUGGAGAAGGCAGGCAAUGCCAGCAUGAGCCACCAUUCGCCAUCAUUCUGAUUCUCGUGUUGUGCAUUCCGAAAUACCAAGGCAGCUGUUCUGUGCUUCAUUUCAGAGGAACAGUGUUUCAGUCUAAAGUUAUUCUGGUAUCUCACAGCACAAGUGUAAUGUUCCCAUCUUUGUUUCUCCAUCAGUAUCUUUCAGCCUGAACAUUUGUCUCUGCUUCUUUGGAAAUUGAAUAAUUGUCUCUUUCACAGGGUGCUGGGCAGUACCUGCAAUCCUGAACUGAGAUGCAGAUGAUAGAUGUAUGAUAAUACAUUUUGUGAACCAGGCUUGGAGCCCUGGUACAGCUGAAACUGCUCAGUGAAAUCUGCUGACUCACAGUACCAUGACAAAUGUGGUUUAGUAACUUCAGCAGAGUAUUGGGAGAGUAGUAGAAGCAUCCAUUCAAAGGAAAGAAAGCGGAAAGUCUUAAGAAAUAUGAAAGGGGUCAUUGACCUAGAGAGUAGAUAGAGACCAUUUAUGUUCCCAUCGUCAUUCACAUGAAUAGUGAAGUCAUCCUAAAACGCAAGCGUUCAAGAAAGCAGGCAGGGAGUGGAAUUGCUGGCUAACAGCUUGUACCAAUGCUUUUUAAAAACAUAUAUAGUAGUGCAUUUCCUCCAUUGCCUUUGAGGAAUAAAUAUUUCUCUCCAUCUUAAAUUA